AUGGCUUCAAAGGUCAUCCAGCUGCUCAGCAACGAGGGGCCCACAAACCUCGACAUCACGGACAACAUCCUUUGCAACCUUGGGAUCGCAGAUAUCUUCGCCUUGCAUGCAACAUGUCGAGCUUUACGAUGGCUGGUUGCUCAAAUGACGGAGUCACCGUAUUUGCUCAACGUUGAUAGGCAACUGGGACACUAUAUCAAAGACCCGUCUCGCUUCCGAUGUGAAUUGGGAAAAUGCGACGGAAUCAUAGGCGAAGAAUUUGUCCGAAGUUUCCUUGAGUUCAACAGACACAGACACAGACAUUUCAUGAUAGAGAUUACCAUCCAAGAAGGGCACAAGUCCUGGCAGUUCAUAGAAUACCUGCUCUCAUUGGAAGAAUUGACGGUCAAGAAUAUCGACAAUGACGGUCUUUCCUCUCUUCAAUCAACCUACGACCCGUCAUGUUUCAUCUGGGUCAGGAAAAUGGCCCAGCCGCCCAUCGUUGAACUGAUUAACGGAGCCUUCACAACUGUUGAUUUGAACUUCAUGACUUGGAACAAGGCUUACUCACUGCUCCCAGUCGCUACAGUACAGAAGCACAAGUUUUAUCUCCUCAAGCCGUUCGGUUCAGACACGGGCGGGCAACUCAAGAAACUUGCUCGAGUGGGCUAG